AUGCCUGCCAUGACUCCACAAGAACUGGCCGACUGUUUACUUGACAAAACAGAGCCAGAGCACAAUAUUGCAGCUUUGGAGCACCGCCAGAGAUUAAUUGAAUCUUGGGUGAUCCCACAGGGCUCCCGAAUUCUUGAAAUUGGACCUGGCCAAGGCGAUUUUACCGUCUGCUUGGCGGAUGCCGUCGGCCCUACAGGCAAGGUUGUUGCCGUUGACCCGGCACCACUCGAUUGGGGAACUCCUAGCUAUGCCACAGCACGACCGUUUGUCCUGGCAUCGCCACUGGGACCUCGCAUCGAGUUCGUCCAAGACGACCCCAUCCACUAUCUUGAAAAUCUACCGAAAGACGAGCAAUCGUUCGAUUUUAUAGCGUUUUGUCAUUCUAUUUGGUACUUUUCUCAACCAACAUACCUUCCAACGAUGCUCUCGCUCGCCAAGGGCCGCAUCGGCGGUGCGCUUAUCGCUGAGUACAGCAUGUCGACAUCCAUUCCCGAAGCAGUACCGCAUGUUCUCGCAGCCCUCGCUGCGAAUGCGGUAGAAAGCUUUCGCGGAGAGGAUUCGAGCCGCAAUAUCCGCAGUGCUCUCACACCGGCGCAAAUUCAAAAGGCAGCGGAGGAGGUUGGCUGGGCGCUUGGUAGCGAGAAGCUCAUCACGCCUGGUGCAAAGCAAUUAGAUGCUUUUCGGGAGGUAUACAUGAUUAUCAAUGGGAGCGGAUUCGUUUCAGAUGUCACAGCAGCCGACAUAAGCGACAAGGUCAAGGUGAUGCUGAAAGGCAUGCAGCAUGCGGUCGCGGCCAGCGUGGACACAGUUGAGGGCGGUGUUCACGGCGUAAGAAACAUGGACGUUUGGAGUGCCAGAUUUGAGCCUAGUACAAAAUAAAUGAAGGUAGUUUAAUUUUCAAAUUUAUUACAAUCCUGAUGAAAUCCAC